AUGGUCGCCAGUAGAAAGGCUACAAAGAACAUGGACAAUGCGAUAUCGUCUGAACAGAUAUGGUCAACCAAGAAUUUGUCAACAAUUUUGAGCGAAGAUGAUAUGGAAAACAAGAAUGUGUUCACAGGCACAGAUCAAUGUAUGUCAGGUAUAAAUAUAUCUAACAACUGUAUUUCUAAAUUGCAUAACCAGACUACUGAAAUAACAGGUCUGUCAAAGAUCAAUCCAAUGCGUAUAAAGAAACUUCCAGUGCGAUCACGAUAUGCAUUAUUUUAUAAUGUCUGCAUACAAGAGUCUGUUACUGACGCUACUACCACUGGUUGCCAUUUAUGUCACUGUGACCGUGAACCCAGUAGAAUACAGGUAAAAUGGUUAAUUAGGAACUUUGGAAAAAGUCGAUUGUUGAGAAAACGUCUCAGACAUAAGAUCAAAAGGUCUGUACCCAGAUCCUCUCAUCUUCAUUAUAUAGUAGAGAAUAUUAUGCAUUGCCAAGACAUUAGGAUAAAGUGUAUCCCUGUUGUUUACUGCCCAAAGAAGGUUCACAAGAAAUGCCGCACAAAUCAUUCAGCAAAAAAUUUAAAAUUUAAUAUUUGUGAAGGAAUCCUUGCAGACAUAUUCUAUUUAUCAGGUUCAACUCAUGAUUUAUAUGCACAACAGGUAUACAAAAAUGUCAACCACUUAAAGAAUGCCUGUCAGUCAGCAUUAUGUAUAGAUAUUGAGACGAAUCCUGGACCUGUAUUCUAUAUUGAUCCCAGUAAGACAAUCAGUGCACAAUAUAGCCAAG